GGGGCCCGUGUGCGCUCCCCGUGCUGCGCUGGGCGGCUCCGCCGGGGGGUGGCGCGGUGCGAUGGGGCUCCUCUCGCUGCAGGACAACUCCGGGCUCGGCCUGGGAGCUGACGCGGUGCGAUGGGAAGCAGGAAAUUCCCUACCGUGGAGGCCGGGCUAGCACCGAGGGCGUAAUGGAUUCCCGCCCCCGACACGCCUGUGGGGCAGAGGCGCGGCCCGCGGAUCCCCAGCUCGUUGCUCCCCGGGCUCUGCCCCUCCCCUCCCGGAUGUGGAUUAUUUUGGAAUAUGUUCAAGGUGGUGAAUUGAAGACCAAAUCCAUAGAUUUACUUGAUCUCAGUCCUGGCACAGAUGUAGGCGCCUUAGUAGAAGAAAUCCGAAAAGCAGAACCUCUCAUCACAGCUUCGCGCAAAGAGCAGGUCAUACAUUUAAUACUAAGGUUACAAGAGAAGCUUGGGCAACAAGAGGACCACAAGUUCUACCUUUUUAAGGUGCUUAGGGCACAUAUAUUGCCACUGACCAAUGUAGCAUUUAACAAAUCUGGUUCCUGCUUUAUCACUGGAAGCUACGACAGAACAUGCAAAAUAUGGGACACAGCAUCAGGAGAGGAGCUACGUACAUUGGAGGGACACAGAAAUGUGGUCUAUGCAAUAGCUUUCAAUAAUCCCUAUGGUGACAAGAUUGCCACUGGAUCUUUUGAUAAAACCUGCAAAUUAUGGAGUGCAGAAACAGGAAAAUGUUAUCAUACCUUCAGGGGACACACAGCAGAAAUAGUUUGUUUAUCAUUUAAUCUUCAAAGCACUCUGAUAGCAACUGGAAGUAUGGAUACGACAGCCAAACUAUGGGAUAUCCAGAAUGGAGAGGAAGUGGUCAUGUUAACUGGACACUCAGCAGAAAUUAUUGCAUUGUCAUUUAAUACCACAGGAGAUAGGAUCAUCACUGGCUCCUUUGACCACACAGUUGUAGUGUGGGAUGUUGGCACUGGCAGGAAGUUGCAUACUUUAAUAGGUCAUCGGGCAGAAAUUAGCAGUGCACAAUUCAACUGGGACUGCUCUCUAAUUGUUACGGGAUCGAUGGACAAAACAUGCAUGCUGUGGAAUGCUGUGACCGGGACACGUGUGGCAACUUUAACAGGUCAUGAUGAUGAAGUAUUAGAUGUGUGUUUUGAUUAUACUGGCCAGCGUAUUGCAACUUCCUCAGCUGAUGGAUCAGCAAGAGUUUACAAUGCUGAAACAAAAAAAUGCAUUGCAAAGCUGGAAGGUCAUGGAGGUGAAAUUUCUAAGAUCUGCUUCAAUCCUCAAGGUAGUCGUAUCCUAACAGCCAGCUCUGAUAAAACAGCUCGACUUUGGGACCCUCAUACAGGACAAUGCAUUCAAAUAUUAGAGGGACACACUGAUGAGAUAUUCUCAAGUGCUUUCAACUACAAAGGCGAUAUCAUCAUUACAGGGAGCAAGGAUAACACCUGUAGGAUAUGGCGCUGACUGAAGAUGAGGUAUGGCUCAAUUUGCUCAAAGCUUUGAUCAACAUCAUAAGAGUAGUCAAAAAUCAGCAGUCUUUCAGAACUCUGUUUUCCUUUUGCCCUCUUUGAUAGUUUUCAGUCUUGCUGAAGUAGAGCAGUUCCCUGGACUUUGAAAGGCUUGACUCUUUGGACUGCUGAAUUCAGCUAGUUAUCUGUAUCAUUAGCACUAAUACAAUAGGUUAGCUGCAUGUUUUGACAGGCCACUGUUCGUUUUUACAUGUAACAUUUGUAAUAAAAAAUAGCAUCAUGGUACUAUUAAAUGUGUAAAGGGCAUUAUUUGCACAUCUCCUGUGAGUGUUUCUAUAGUACAUUUACUUUUUUGUAUGUAAUAAAAUGUUUAGCAAAA